GGGAGUGUGUGUGUGUGUGUGUGUGUGUGUGUGUGUGUGUGUAAAGGGGUGGGGGCUUGGAAGAUUUAUAAAGGCCCACAACUUCUCACAGAGUGCAAAAGAGAGAAGAAAAGAUAAAGACACACAGAUUUUGUACUUGUCCAGCAUCACACAGAGGUGACAACCAUGCAAUCAGUUCUUAGGUGUGUGACUUUGUGUGUCAUCCUGGCGAUCGCAGUGUGCUUUGACUCUGAGGAGAGUAAUGAGUCAACUGAAGACCUGGUCCUGAGCCGCCACAGAGCAAACACAUUCAUCAACACUCCUGGACGCGGCACCUACAACGGCUACAGAUGGGGUGUCAAGGCUCAAGCUGAACGCCGUUCUGAGAUAUGCGAGGAGUACAUUCUUUGUCGAGUGUUGGCUCGUCGCUAUGGCUCCCAGCGUGCCUAUCAGAGGUACUUCAGUGCUCAUCAAGGCAACAGCCACAACAACAACGGCCUCCGUUACUGAGCAGACACGCGCAUUGUGGGUUUACUGAACCACACACUGAAUUUCAACAUUAUAUUAGUGUAAUCCAAAUCAACACCACAUUCAUUUAAAAAUUUUGUGUAUAACUUCUGUUUCUCUUUCUGAUGCCUGACUUAGGUUAAACCAGACUACGAUCCCUAAAAAAGCAAAGAAAAGAUGAUAUAUAUGAUCCUGAUGAUAUAAAAUCAUUUAUUAAUCAUGAUCAGUUGAAUCAUGAUCAGGUGAAAAAAGACCCUAAAAAUGGACGUCAGGAAAUCAUAAUGCUUCUGCAUGUUUUACUUUAUUGUGCUUUCAAUUUGCUAAUUAAAGUUCAGAAUGAAUAAAAUUGUGAAAAAAAAGUCUGUCUAAAAUACGUGUACAAAAUACAUGUACGUGAUUUAAUGCCUUUUAAUGAAGUAAAAAAAAGCUUUAUAGAGUUAUUAGAAAUGUAUCAUAGAAUGCAUGUUUAUUAGAAAUCUGUCCAUAGCGUUGAUUUAUUAACCAGCAAAAUGAAAAUGAAAUAUCCGUUUAUAUUACAUCAUGGCCAUGUUCUCUUUAUACGAGAUACAAACAGAAUGUCACCGGUUUUACUGAAUAACUCACGCGGAACUGACGGUAGCAAAUUUACAGCAUAAACCCAGACGUGUGCAAGCAUUAUGAUGUUGUGACCUCGAUUUAGCCUCAAUCUAGAUUCACAAACCAGCUGCUUCUGAGCAGGAGCUUGUGGGAGCUUUGGAUCUUAUGGAACUCGUUGUCUUGGCAACAAAUUUGACAAUAGUAAAAUUUCGAAUAAUCAGAUUAAAUUAAAUGCGAUUCAACUGAAUCAGAAUACCUUGACUUUGAUUCAACUGAAUCAGAUUAAACUGAAUUCGAUUCAACUGAAUCAGAUUAAACCGAAUUCAAAUGAACUGAAUCAGAUUAAACCAAAUUCAAAUAACUGAAUCAGAUUAAACCAAAUUCAAAUAACCGAAUCAGAUUAAACCAAAUUCAUUUAAACUGAAUCAGAUUAAACUAAUUUUUCAACAAAACUGAAUCAGAUUCAAAUCCAAUUGAAUUAAACUGAAUCAGUUUAAACCUGAUCAGAUCAGAACUAUUAUUUUUGUGUAAUCAUGUAUUUUACUAAUAUUCUGUCUUUAAUUUGCGUUAUAUUUACAGUAUUUCUACUUACUUACACACGCACAGUCAUUAUCCUCACACGUUACCUCACACACUUUUUACUUUCACACAUAAUCAUAUAAAUGUUAUUUUUACAGCAAAAUAAAAUAAAAUAAAAUGUUCAUCACAAAA